UUCUUCGUGAUGAAUUUCGUAUUGAACCGCAAAAUACACGCAUAGCACAGGGUGAUACGGCUCUCUUGGAAUGUGCCGCACCACGUGGUGUACCCGAACCAGUGGUAUUUUGGAAAAAAAGUGGUCAAAUCUUAGAUAUGGAAUCGACGAAGAGAAUACGCAUAGUAGAUGGUGGCAAUUUAGCCAUACAAGAUGCCCGUCAAAGUGAUGAGGGUCAAUAUCAGUGUAUUGCCAAAAAUCCAGUAGGCAUACGAGAGUCUACAAUGGCCACCUUAAAAGUUCACAUUAAACCAUUUAUUAUACGUGGCCCACAUGAUCAAACCGUUUUGGAGGGUUCAUCAGUGACUUUCCCUUGUCGUGUUGGCGGUGAUCCAAUGCCUGAUGUUUUAUGGUUGCGCACUGCUUCUGGCGGCAAUAUGCCAUUAG